AUGGCUCAGAAAAUUCAUCUGACAUCAUCCUCAUCAGUAAAUCAAGAAGGUAGUUUUAUAUCUGCUCAUGUGGGAGAUAGUGUGACUUUAAGGUGUUUUCAUGACAAUGUAUCAUUGCUCUACUGGUUCAUGCAAUCACUGGGAGACAAACCAACAGUAAUAUCGACCUGCUAUGUUUAUUCCAAGCGAAUCACUUUUUAUGAAAAAUUCAAUAACAACUCCCGCUUCACGUUGGAUACAGAAAAUCGUAAUUAUCACCUGACAAUUUCAGAUCUGAAACAUUCAGACUCUGGUACAUACUACUGUGCAGCUCGAGGUCCACUGGUUGUGGAUUUUGCGGAGGGUACUACACUCAGUGUGAAGGAUUCAGAUUUAAACAUCCAGUCGUUGAUCCAUCAGUCGUCAUCUGACACCAUCCAGCCAGGAGACUCAGUGUCUCUGAACUGCACAGUACACACUGGUAGCUGUGGAGGAGAACACAGUGUUUACUGGUUCAAAGAGUCAGAAAAAUCACAUCCAGCCCUCAUUUACACCCAUGGAGGCAGGAAUGAUCAGUGUGAAAGGAAACCUAACAUGCAAACACACACCUGUGUGUACAACCUGAUGAUGAAGGACCUGAAUGUGUCUCAUGCUGGGACCUACUACUGUGCUGUUGCUUCAUGUGGACACAUACUGUUUGGAAACCAGACCAAAUUGGACUUCACAUCAGGUGACUCUUUUCUGGUGUAUUUCUUGACUGGAACCUUGACGUUCACCUCCAUCCUAGUAGUUGUACUUAUUUUCCAAAUAUACAAGAUGAACAAAAUAAUUCAAUCUGCAGAGGAAAGGUUUCCAGCUCCACCCGCAGCAAGCACAAGGUGUCCCAAUCAAGACACAGCUAGUCCACAAUAUGCUGCUUUAGAUCUUAACCAAGCCAACAGAUCCAGAAGACAGAGGAGCACCACCAACAGCGAUUGUGUUUAUUCCAGUGUACGGCUGCAGUGCUGAACUUGUUUAGCUGUUAAAGGAAUAAAUGUUUGAUAUCCAGGUAGAUAUAAAUCCCUUUGUACUUCACCUUUGUUCUGCAGCAAAAAGAUAAAAACUUCAGUUUGCGCUAAAGUUUGGCACUAGUGAAAUUUGAAGGUCCUAUAUUGUCUUUUCGGUCUCAAGCAGAAUGUUUCUACAUUAAAACAUUUUGUUUUAUCUCUUUUUAUCUAUUUACACAUGACUAAAUAUUUUAAGCCCAUAAUAACACAUAUCAAAUUAAACAUUGAAUUAAUCAGCUCAAAUGAGAUUUACUCUUUGUAAAUUUAGUAAUCUCCAUUUAGUCCUAUAAGAGUAUUUUAGAUAAAAAAUGCUUAAAAUGCUGGAUGUGAGUGUAUUCAGUUGCAAGUUAAUAAAUUCUUAUUUUCAGAGCUUUCGCUGGUUAUAUUCAGAUACUGCAUCACUGUCCAUUAUUUGCUCCUGUGUUGUGUUUC